AUGCCCUUGACUUGUCCAUUAUGUCAAACUGAAUUGAAACUACAUUUACUUCAACCCGAACUAUCAAUUAUAUCAUGCCCUUCUCUAACGUGCAUUUACCCAUUUAAUCUAUCUGUUGAUGAAAUCCAUAGCAACAACCUACUAGUGCCAAUGACAAAUCAUGACAUUAUGAAUAAGAUGAAACAAAAGUUUGAAGGCACAACAAACAUCACAGAAGAUACAAAGUCAAUUUAUAAUGAAUGA